GUGUUCGCAAACAAUGAUGCGCCAAAUUUUGAGGAUUUGUCUAUUGAUGGUAGUACUUAGUUAUGCGUAUUCGAAACACACAAACACUAUAGAAAAAAGACAGUGCUCAGGCAACACCUGCAACACAUGUAACGGUGGAAGUUGCAACACAUGUAACGGUGGAAAUUGCAACACAUGUAACGGUGGAAAUUGUAACACUUGUAACGGUGGAAAUUGCAACGCAUGCAACAACAAUGUUUGCUGUUCAAGUGCAAGUUGUAACCAAUGUGUUAACCAAUGUUCCAACAACUGUAACAAUAACGCAUCUUGUAAAAAUAAUUGUGUAAGUGGAUGCGCCACGGCAUGCCAAGGAAAUGAUAAUUGUGCGGCGUCCUCUUGCUCCCAGUGUGUGAAUAAAUGCUGUAAUCAAUGUUCCUCCGAUACAACAUGUGUAAACAAUUGUUCUAAAUCAUGCGAUUGUACUACACCUAGUCCUCGUACUAAAGAAGUGAAUAAUGAUGUUGUAUUUGUCCCAUCUUCCGAAGCUUCAAAAGUUAUUGUCAACAACACUAAUAACAAUCUGGUUAAUCUAACUACACUCAUUAACAUCGACAAUGUCGUUCACAACAUCAAUAACAUAAGUAUCCCAGUGUAUGUGAACACCACCAACAUUAAUAACAUUAAUUUGUCUGAAAAUCGUCAGUCGACUCAAACCGGCGGAAAUCCUAGUGGAUCUAUCCGUAGGCCACCACCCGUAAUCCCCUGGCCUCAGGGGUCUAGCGUUGUGGAGGGGAGCCAAACUUUUCCACAGAUUUUUCCUCCACAGUUUGGUGACAACUGUUGCUAUGUUUUGCACCCAAGGACGUGUUACAACGAUACCGACGGUAACACCAGGUGUUACAUCAGGAGAAGCCGAGAAUGUUCCGAUAUAUGUUCAUCGCCGGUGAUUUCAAUAGAACAAGAUGCAACAAUAAAUUCAGGAUGUCAACGCGUUAAUACUUGGCCUUACCAAUAUUGUGGAAACUAUGUCCGUCGAGAUUGUGGCCAAUGUUACACCUGUGGAGGAAGCUACAAUCCAAGCCAGUGCUUUACCCAAUCCGGAUGUUCGGAUGGUUGCAGAGGCGGGGCACCAAACUGCGUCCCGAGUCAGUAUGGACUUCAGUGUUAUUAAUUUAAGAAUUUACUACUUUCAUUAUUGUACUCAUACAUACGGAUUUUUACAGUUAGCUAGUUUUUUAUUAUUAUUAAGUUUUACUAAAACAUUACUUCUUC